UCAGUUUCAGGUUGUAGUCCCACACCUCUGCUACACAACGCAAACACGGCGCAGACAAAAUGGCGGAUUCACCUGUGUGAGGGAAAAUAAGUACAGACAAGACUACGGAUAUACGUGUUUACAAAUGUUUUGUCGGGUUUCUCCUGAGCCAUAGUUUUAAGUGUUUUUAAGUUAGUUUUAAGUGUUUUUCAUUAGCCUGCUUUAAGAAGAGCGUAUUCCAAAUAUGCGCUUGUUAUUUGUGAUCCUUAUCAUCUUCAUGGUAACAGGCUUCACCACGGGGGUCAAUGUCAUCUGCCCUGUGAAACGCUAUGUGGUCAUCCUGUUCCAGCCGGUUACUCUUAGGUGUGAUUACACUACCACAGCCACAGUGCCCCCUCUUAUCACCUGGAGGUACAAGUCCUUCUGCAGAGAUCCGAUCCAAGCUGCCCUGAACCCAGGCAGUGCGGAUAACGCCUUGGCCCAGGCCAACCCCAACUACAACCCCAACAUCGAAUGUUCAGACAGUUCAAGGACUGUACGCAUUGUGGCUUCUAAGCAGACUGCGGUCACACUGGGAGCUGAAUACCAGGGCCGCAAGAUCAGCAUCAUUAACAAUGCCGACCUCAACAUUGCUCAGACUGCAUGGGGUGAUAGCGGUGUGUAUGUGUGCAGUGUUGCUUCGUCCCAGGACCUCUCAGGAAAUGGAGAGGACUAUACCGAGCUCAUUGUUUUGGAGAGAAAGUCAAAUACUACAGACCUGCUGCCUGGCAUUGACUUACUGAUCAUGGAAGAUUGGUUGUUGGUAGUGUUGGUGGUGUUUGGCUUCUUCUUGCUGCUGCUCUUCAUUGGGAUCUGUUGGUGUCAGUGUUGCCCUCACACAUGUUGCUGUUAUGUGAGCUGCCCGUGUUGCCCAGAACGCUGCUGCUGCCCAAGAGCAUUGUAUCAAGCAGGUAAAGCCGUGAAGGCAGGUGUUCCGUAUGUAGCCGGUUCGUUCCCUCCUAGUUUGUAUGGACAACCAGUGUAUAUUGGAGGGCCUUCACCACCCAUCCCAAUGCUGCCCACGCCUCAGGGUGUCAGCGCCCUUCCCUCUAAUGGCUAUGGCAGGGAUUUUGACACAGCCAGCUCAGUUGGUCAGGGAUCUCAGGUACCAUUGCUGCAGCACCAAGAUGGAGGAGCAGGCCAGACCCGUAGUGGAUACCGUAUCCAGGCUAAUCAGGAUGGAAAUCCUACUCGUUUGCUGUACUAUAUGGAGCGAGAGCUGGCCAAUCUGGACCCCAGUCAGCCUGGAGGUGCUGCAGACAAAUAUAAUCGCCUUGAUGGUAUGAGUGAGAUCAGUUCCCUGCAUGAUGGCGGAGACCCUCGUAAUCGUGGUCGCUCCAGGCCUCCCCAGCUGAACACGGUGUAUGAUGAUGAGAACAUGAGCACCAUCAGCAGCGUAUCUCAGAAUAUGCGGAGAGAUGAGCCCAGGAGAGGGGGCGGAGGCGGUCCUAACCGUGGCCGUGCUCGUUCCAUGGACAACCUUGACGAUAUCGGCCGAAAUUACAGAGACCGCGAUUAUCCCCCUAGAGGAGGCAGAAGAGGUUCUGAUGAUGAAUGGAGCAGCAGUGCUCGUGGCUAUGACCGUGUCCCAGAUGACCACUAUCGUGACUAUUCUCCUGACGAUCGCUUCCGUAAUGACGCUCGGGGAGUUGGCUUCCAGGGCCGCCGCAGUCGUAGCCGUGAUGACUUGAUGGAUCUGGAACGUGGCCGGGGCGGCGGAGGCCGGGAUGCAUACGAUGACAGCUUCCUGCGGGAGGCAAUGGAGAGGAAGAAGAUGGGCGAGCAGCAGCGUGCACGGAGCCGCGAGCGUCUUGACAGCGACAGCGAGCGCUCAGACCGCUACAGGGGAGGACAUGGGGGGCCACCACCACUCCCUCUCAGCAGGCCUGCAGGCAAUCCCGACCAGCGGCGUGCCAACAACACCAGCUUUCCGCCUCCUCCAUCCUACACAGAGGAUACAGACAGCUUAGCAUCAUCCAAGAAGAGCAAUCUCCGCAAGAACGGAGCUGUGAGUCGCGAGAGUCUGGUGGUGUGAAACAUUAAGAGAUUGCAGUCAACAUGUCCCUUGGUGUGUUGAUUAUGUUUUGUAAGUUUGUGUUUUUCAGUGUCACUUGCUGAAUGUUUAUUGUUGGAUUAAAUGGGGAUGUACAUGUGUGAAUGCGAUUUUAUUUGAGACAGAGUCUCAUGACUUAAUGCAAUGUUACUAUUUCAACAGUUUUAUGAAUUUGUAUGUGAUGGUUUUAUAGCUAAAAUCACUGAUAAUGUUUUAUAAUUAUGAAUAGUGCAUUUUUAAAAGCUGCUUUUCCGAUAAUAAAUAUUUUCCUUAAAAUAUCCGGAUGACAGUAAGACUAGGCAGUAAUUAUACACUUAACAAGCUUUGCAUCUUAUGGCUCAGAAACGGAAUUGUAAAUGUGUACAAAUUAUAAUUAAAACUAUUUUAAAGGUCGCUGUAAAGGGAUUUUCCCGCUGUUCAGAUUUGUUUUCAGUAUGGCAGCAAUAAUUUCUCUGUAUUGCUAGUUUUAUGGCCUGGAAAAGAAAAUAAGUUGCCUCUCUUCACAAUGUUGUAUAUAAGUUUUAUAAAUUUCUUUACUUUAACCGUGCAUUUUGUUUUGUAACAGAAUUAACCAGACAUGUAAAUUGCUCUCAUACAUUUUCAGUAAUUUGUUAUGCAGAUAUUUUUAACCUUGAGCAUUUGUCAAUCACUUUACAAUAAAUCUUUUCUAUAUAAAAUA